AUGGCUGAUGAUACUAUGGCUCCUCCUCACAGAAGGGAACCUGUCAAGUCUUCAGUUGCGAAUGUUGCGGGACAGCGAAGGCGGCAGCAAGCAAUUACAAUAGGAAAGGAAAGAAGAGAAUCGCUGGUGCGUGCGAAGCGCUUGUGCAGAGUGGGGACUAGUGGUGAUCCUGAUGUUCCCUCCUACUGUGAAAUGAUGAUUGAUGAAGAGCAAUCGAUCUUGGAGGCUCAAACUUCUUCAGCAGUGGAAGAGUUGAAGUCUGCAGUUGCAUAUCAGGGGAAAGGUGCAUUGCAAAAGAAGGUGAGUGCCCUUCGUGAGCUCAGACGCUUACUGUCAAGAUCAGAAUUCCCUCCUGUUGAAGCUGCUCUUAUAGCUGGAGCAAUACCUUUACUAGUGCAAUGUCUUUCAUUUGGCUCUCCAGAUGAACAGUUGCUUGAGGCAGCUUGGUGCCUUACAAACGUAGCGGCAGGGAAACCUGAGGAAACGAAAGCUUUGUUGCCUGCUUUGCCGUUGCUUGUUGCUCAUCUUGGAGAAAAGAGUUCAUUGCCGGUUGCUGAGCAGUGUGCGUGGGCAUUGGGAAACGUUGCUGGUGAAGGAGAAGAGCUGAGAAAUAUUUUGCUAUCUCAAGGUGCCUUACCACUUCUUGCCCGAAUGAUGCUUCCAGACAAGGGUUCAACUGUGAGAACAGCUGCUUGGGCACUCUCAAACCUAAUCAAGGGACCCAAUCCAAAGGCUGCAGCGGAGCUCAUUAGAGUUGAUGGGGUAUUGGAUGCAAUUAUUCGGCAUUUGAGAAAAGCAGAUGAUGAAUUAGCAACUGAAGUAGCAUGGGUGGUUGUGUAUCUAUCAGCCCUUUCAAAUCUUGCUACCAGUAUGCUAGUGAAGAGUGAUGUCCUUCAACUGCUUGUGGAAAGAUUGGCAACAUCCAAUAGUUUGCAGUUGCUUAUUCCGGUGCUAAGAAGUUUGGGCAAUCUUAUAGCUGGUGAUUCACAGACAACCCAUGCUGUCAUUGUUCCUGGGCAUGAAGUCACAGGAAACAUCAUAGAAGUCCUGGUGAAAUGUUUGAACAGUGAGCACCGGGUCCUGAAGAAGGAAGCAGCUUGGGUGCUAUCUAAUAUUGCGGCUGGUUCUAUAGAACACAAGCGGUUGAUAUAUUCAAGUGCGGCGGUGCCAUUGCUAUUACGCCUUCUUUCCACAGCACCAUUUGAUAUAAGAAAGGAAGUAGCAUAUGUACUAGGAAACCUCUGUGUUUCUCCUAUUUCACCUACAGAAGGUGAUGGAAAACCAAACCUGAUUCUGGAGCACCUGGUUUCACUUGUUGGUAGAGGAUGCCUUCCUGGUUUCAUUGAUUUGGUUAACUCUGCUGAUACUGAAGCUGCCAGACUAGGACUGCAAUUCACCGAACUGGUUUUGAGAGGGAUGCCACAUGGUGAGGGCCCAAAGCUUGUUGAGAAAGAGAAUGGGAUUGAAGCAAUGGAAAGGUUUCAGUUCCACGAAAACGAAGACUUGAGAAAUAUGGCAAAUAGUCUGGUGGAUAAGUACUUUGGGGAGGACUAUGGGCUUGAUGAAUAG